AUGUGGGAGGGGACGCGGCAAGUCGUUGCUUGCAUGGUGAAGGGCUGCCGCGCAAGUUGUCAAGGCCAGCUUGGAGCAGCUGUGCUCCGAUGCGGCUACCCAUGCACACCUACACUUAGUCCAAUGGACUCUCAAAUGGCAGCUAGCAGAGCCCGUUUGUCCGCCAGAACCUUUUUCCUCGGCCGCUACUUUCCUUUCAACAGUCCUUGGCGAUUUGUGGUUUCUUGUUUCAAGUUGCUUGUCACCAACCAUAAAAAGCAAAGAGUUCCGGAGAAGCCUGGACAAGCGAACAAGAACACCUUUUAA